AUUAGCUAGCGCUCGCUCUACUCUCUCUAACGGCGAAACAGCGGACUACAAGAGACUGAGCUGUAUCUGCCUCUAUUUCCAACAGACUCACGUUCAACUUUCGCUCACCAAAAAAAAAAAAAAAAAAAAAAAAAGCCGGGAAAAUUUUAUCAACCCUUUUUUAAAAAAAGUUAAUAUAAAAUUAUAGCAAAAAAGGAACCUGAACUUUGACACAGCUGGAACAAUCCGCAGCGGCGGCGGCAGCGGCGGGAGAAGAGAUUUAAUUUAGUUGAUUUUCUGUGGUGGUUGGUUGCUCGCUAGUCUCACGGUGAUGGAAGCUGCACAUUUUUUCGAAGGGGCCGAGAAGCUGCUGGAGGUGUGGUUCUCCAGGCAGCAACCCGACGCCAACCAAGGAUCUGGGGAUCUUCGCACCAUCCCAAGAUCCGAGUGGGACAUACUUUUGAAGGAUGUGCAGUGUUCAAUCAUAAGUGUGACAAAAACUGACAAGCAGGAAGCUUAUGUACUCAGUGAGAGUAGCAUGUUUGUCUCCAAGAGACGUUUCAUUUUGGAGACGUGUGGUACCACCCUCUUGCUGAAAGCACUGGUUCCCCUGUUGAAACUUGCUAGGGAUUACAGUGGGUUUGACUCAAUUCAAAGCUUCUUUUAUUCUCCUAAGAAUUUCAUGAAGCCUUCUCACCAAGGGUACCCACACCGCAAUUUCCAGGAAGAAAUAGAGUUUCUUAAUGCAGUUUUCCCAAAUGGAGCAGCAUAUUGUAUGGGACGCAUGAAUUCUGAUUGCUGGUACUUGUAUACUUUGGAUCUCCCAGAGAGUCGGGUAAUCAAUCAGCCAGAUCAAAGCCUGGAAAUUCUGAUGAGUGAGCUUGACCCAGCAGUUAUGGACCAGUUCUACAUGAAAGAUGGUGUUACUGCAAAGGAUGUCACUCGUGAGAGUGGAAUUCGUGACCUGAUACCAGGUUCUGUCAUUGAUGCCACACUGUUCAAUCCUUGUGGGUAUUCAACGAAUGGAAUGAAAUCGGAUGGAACUUAUUGGACUAUUCACAUCACUCCAGAACCACAAGUUUGUUUUGAAACAAACUUAAGUCAGACCUCCUAUGAUGACCUGAUCAGGAAAGUUGUGGAAGUCUUCAAGCCAGGAAAAUUUGUGACCACCCUGUUUGUAAAUCAGAGUUCUAAAUGUCGCACAGUGCUUUCUUCGCCCCAGAAGAUUGAAGGUUUUAAACGUCUUGACUGCCAGAGCGCUAUGUUCAAUGAUUACAAUUUUGUUUUUACCAGUUUUGCUAAGCAGCAGCAACAACAGCAGAGUUGAUUAAGAAAAAUGAAGAGAAAACGCAAAAAGAGAACACACAUAGAAGAAGAUGGUGGGUGCUUUUUAGAUACUGAUACCAAGGGCCAUGCUUUCCAUAACCACCCCCUUGUAGCUGCAGAAAGCCCUAGAUGCGAUGAUAGUGUAAUCAUUUUGAAUUGUAUGCAUUAUUAUAUCAAGGAGUUAGAUAUCUUGCAUGAAUGCUCUCUUCUGUGUUUAGGUAUCCUAUGCCACUCUUGCUGUGAAAUUGAAGUGCAUGUAGAAAAAAACUUUUACUAUAUGAAACUCAAAAAAAAAAAAGUGUGAGUUCACUCACUUCGUUGUUUUUCAAGAUUGUUUUGGCUAAUUAGGGCCCCUUGCAAUUUCAUAUGAAUGUGAAGAUUGGUUUUUCCGUUUCUGCAAAAAAUAUUUUUGGGGGGAUUUUGAUGGGAAUUGCAUCGAAUUUGUAGACCACUUUGUGUAGUCUCUUAUAAGACUUAAUAGUAAAAAAGAAUGCAUUUGAUAGGACUAACUGUUCGUUUCUGACAGUGGCACCGAGGAACAUUUGGAGGAGAAUUUAGGCAAAUGGCUUUGGAACAAUCUUUAUCUAUUUCUGACUUUUC